AUGGCCGACCCCUUACCCUGCGCCAGUGUCCCCUGGUUCCGAGUGCCCAGUCUCAUCUGCCUCUCCCCAUCGCACGGUCCCGCCCAUCCCAGCAGUCAGCCGAGCGAACUUCCCACUGCACUUCCUCCAUGGCGGGUCCAUCCUUCCUGUAUGCAAUGGGGUGGUGGUGAUCAGGGGCAGCCUUUUCACCAGCACAGCUCCCUGCUCCUUGACCAGUGUUUGUCUCUCAAUGAAUUCCUGGACUCGUUGGGGGCGCCGCUGGAGGUGACAGACGGCUUCAUCAGCAGCAUCUCGGUGACCAUCCCCUGGUCGGCUCUGAUUACGGAGAACUGCACCGUGGAGGUGACGGGCCUGCAGGUGACAUGCAGGCCCAAGUAUCACUUUGUCCCAGGGACCGAGUCUCCCAGUUGGUCAUCGUGUAUGACCACCAGCAUGCAACUCGCCAAGGAGUGCCUGAAGGAGCAGGCCGAAGAGCCAGAGGAACCCACGCAGCCACUCGAGGGCCUCGAGAUGUUCGCGCAGACCAUCGAAACCGUGCUCAGGAGGAUAAAAGUAACAUUCCUUGACACCAUCGUUCGAGUGGAACACACUCCAGAUGGAUCCAGGACAGGCACUGCUCUGGAAGUGCACAUUAAACGGUUGGAGUACUGCGAUGAAGCUGUGAUGGACUCUGGCAGCGGCUCCAAGAGGGACCCCAUUCCCAUCGAUAUCCACCAGCCCCCGGCGUUCGUCCACAAGGUGCUGCAGUUUUCUGGGGUGUUGUUGCACUAUGAGGAAAUCCCCGAGCAGGCCGGGGAGCCCCAGACCUCACCGCCCGUACUGCAGCCGCAGGCGGACCCGACUGGGGAAUCGCAUUCUUUCCCUGAAGCCAGCAGCAGGACUGCGGAGGGACGCUCCCCAUCGCCGCUGGUGCAGAUCGGCAGUUGUACAGGGUGCCUGGAGCUGACCGUGAAAUUUAAGCAGAACGAUGCACUGCCCGGACCGAAGGUUACCGACGGGGGAUGGGUGGCGAGCAGCAGAUCUUGGGUUCCGGGGGUGAAGGUG